CUUCCACAGCACCCGGCGCGAGGAUGCGGGUAGCUAUCAAUGCAUUGCCAAGAACGAUGCCGGAUCCAUAUUCAGUGAGAAGAGCGACGUUGUUGUGGCCUACAUGGGCAUCUUUGAAAACACCACCGAGGGUCGCCUUACCGUGACCAGUGGCCAUCCUGCCAUUUUUGAUAUGCCUGCCAUAGACUCGGUUCCUGUGCCCUCGGUUAUGUGGCAAUCGGAAGAUGGUCCCUUGAACUAUGACAUCAAAUAUGCCUUCACCCAGGCCAAUCAAUUGAUUAUCCUGAGUGCCGAUGAGAAUGACCGUAGGGGCUACAGGGCCAAGGCGAUCAACACGCAGCUGGGAAAAGAGGAGAGCAGUGCCUUUCUGCAUUUAAAUGUCAGUGGAGAUCCCUACAUUGAGGUGGCACCGGAGAUCAUUGUCCCACCGCAGGAUAUCAAAGUGAAGCUGGGAACUGCCGUUGCUGAGCUACGGUGCAUUGCCAAUGCUCGACCUUUGCAUGAAUUGGAAACCCUUUGGCUCAAGGAUGGUUUGGCCGUUGAAACUGCCGGCGUUAGGCAUACUCUCAACGAUCCCUGGAACCGCACUUUGGUUCUGCUUCAAGUGAAUAACUCACAUUCCGGGGAAUAUACCUGCCAGGUGCGAUUGCGCAGCGGUGGCUAUCCAGCUGUUACGGCCACGGCACGUCUUCAGAUCCUAGAGCCACCCGUGUUCUUUACACCCAUGCGAGCGGAGACCUUUGGGGAGUUUGGGGGUCAAGUGCAGCUGCCCUGCGAUGUGGUGGGUGAGCCCACGCCCCAGGUCAAGUGGUUUAGGAAUGCCGAAUCUGUGGAUCAGCACAUUGAGAGUGGAAGAUACUCACUCAGCACGGAUAAUACGCUGGUAAUUAAGAAACUAAUCCUGGAUGACGCUGCCAUGUUCCAGUGCCUGGCCAUCAAUGAAGCGGGGGAGAACUCUGCCAGCACCUGGCUAAGGGUAAAAACUAACGAGGCCAAGAACCGCGUGAAACGCUUGGCCCAGCCACGUAUCCUGAGGGUAAGAGCUUCGCAUGCUGGCAUGGGAACGGAAAAGGGAUCGGGAACGGGAUCAGGUUCCUCUUCUGGUAGACGCAAGGAGUUACGCUUUGCCUCGGCUCCUGUGCUAGAACAGCCUCCCCAGAAUGUCACCGCCCUGGAUGGCAAGGAUGCCACCAUAUCCUGCCGGGCUGUGGGUUCCCCAAAUCCGAAUAUAACCUGGAUAUAUAAUGAGACCCAACUGGUGGAGAUAUCCAGCCGGGUGCAGAUACUCGAAUCGGGCGAUUUGCUCAUCUCGAACAUACGCUCCUCGGAUGCCGGCCUCUACAUUUGUGUGCGGGCCAACGAGGCGGGCAGCGUCAAGGGCGAGGCCUAUCUAAGUGUCCUAGUGCGGACACAAAUCAUCCAGCCGCCGGUGGACACAACGGUGCUGCUCGGGUUAACGGCCACCCUGCAAUGCAAGGUGUCCAGCGAUCCCAGUGUCCCGUACAACAUUGACUGGUACCGCCAGGGCCAGGCAUCGCCCAUCAGCAACUCCCAGCGGGUCGGUGUCCAGGCCGAUGGCCAACUGGAGAUCCAGGCAGUGCGGGCCAGCGAUGUUGGUAGCUAUGCGUGUGUGGUCACCUCGCCGGGAGGCAAUGAGACGCGAGCAGCCCGGCUCAGUGUCAUCGAGCUGCCGUUUCCGCCAAGCAAUGUGAAGGUGCAACGUUUGCCGGAGCCGCAGCAGCGUAGCAUCAAUGUAUCCUGGACGCCGGGAUUCGAUGGCAACAGUCCAAUAUCCAAAUUUAUUAUCCAGCGACGUGAGGUCUCCGAAUUGGAAAAAUUCGUAGGUCCAGUUCCAGACCCUCUGCUCAACUGGAUCACCGAACUGAGCAAUGUCUCAGCGGAUCAGCGUUGGAUACUCCUCGAAAACCUCAAAGCCGCCACCGUUUACCAGUUUCGGGUUAGUGCCGUGAAUCGUGUGGGCGAGGGUUCGCCCUCUGAGCCCAGUAAUGUCGUCGAGCUGCCCCAGGAAGCUCCCUCGGGUCCGCCAGUGGGCUUUGUGGGCUCCGCUCGCUCCAUGUCCGAGAUCAUAAGCCAAUGGCAACCGCCCCUAGAAGAGCAUCGCAAUGGCCAGAUCCUGGGCUACAUCCUUCGUUACCGCCUCUUUGGCUACAACAAUGUGCCCUGGUCGUAUCAGAACAUCACCAACGAGGCUCAACGCAACUUUCUCAUCCAAGAACUGAUCACCUGGAAGGAUUAUAUAGUUCAAAUUGCAGCCUACAACAACAUGGGCGUGGGAGUUUACACGGAAGGCUCCAAGAUCAAGACCAAGGAAGGAGUACCCGAAGCCCCGCCCACCAAUGUCAAAGUAGAAGCCAUCAACUCGACGGCUGCUCGAUGCAGCUGGACACCGCCCAAUCCCCAGCAGAUCAAUGGCAUCAAUCAGGGCUACAAGAUUCAAGCCUGGCAGAGUCGCCUCGUCGACGGAGAGUGGCGAGAUUUUGAGAAACGCAUGAUGACGGUGCCCCCCAGCCUGAUAGAUCCCCUGGCAGAGCAAACCACCAUAUUGGGUGGCCUGGAAAAGUUCACCGAGUACAACAUCAGUGUGCUUUGCUUUACGGAUCCCGGCGAUGGAGUGGCCAGCAUUCAAGUGCCAGUGAUGACUCUAGACGAUGUACCCGACGAAGUCACAGCCCUGCAUUUUGACGAUGUCUCCGAUCGUUCGGUGAAAGUGCUCUGGGCACCGCCACGCUCCGCCAAUGGCAUACUCACAGGCUAUACGGUACGCUACCAGGUCAAGGAUCAUCCAGACACCCUCAAGACAUUCAAUCUCACAGCCGAGGACACGGAGUUGACGGUGAAUCAGUUGCAGGCCACCACCCACUAUUGGUUUGAGAUCUUUGCCUGGACUCGGGUGGGCAGUGGCACACCCAAAACGGCAACUAUACAGUCUGGCGUGGAGCCUGUCCUGCCGCAUGCACCCACCAAUCUGGCUCUGUCCAACAUCGAGGCCUUCUCCGUGGUGCUGCAGUUUACGCCCGGCUUCGAUGGCAACUCCAGCAUCACCAAGUGGAAGGUGGAGGGUCAGACGGCCAGGAAUAUGACUUGGUUUACCAUUUGUGAGAUUAGUGAUCCAGAUGCGGAGACCCUGACGGUGACUGGAUUGAUGCCCUUCACCCAGUACCGCCUGCGUUUGAGUGCCACCAAUGUGGUGGGCAGUUCGCGACCCUCGGAGGCCACCAAAGAUUUCCAGACCAUUCAGGCCAGGCCCAGGCAUGCGCCCUUCAAUGUCACCGUGCGGGCAAUGAGUGCCCAGCAGCUGCGAGUACGCUGGAUACCCCUGCAGCAGACCGAAUGGUAUGGCAACCCACGAGGCUACAAUAUCUCGUACAAGCAGCUGGAGAAGACACCAGGCACCAUCAAGGGUGUGCCACGCUCGGUGGUAAUCGAAGAUCACACGGCCAACUCGCAUGUGCUAGAGGGACUCGAAGAGUGGACCGUCUACGAGGUGCAAAUGAAUGCCUGCAACGAUGUGGGUUGCUCCAAGGAGAGUGGCACGGCGGUGGAGAGGACACGCGAGGCCACGCCCAGCUAUGGACCCUUGGAUGUCCAGGCGAAUGCCACCUCCUCCACCACGGUGGUGGUUCGUUGGGGCGAAGUGCCGCGUCAGCAUCGCAAUGGUCAGAUCGAUGGCUACAAGGUUUUCUAUGCGGCCGCCGACCGAGGACAGCAGGUGCUGCACAAGACAAUACCCAGCAAUGCCUCGUUCACCACAACGCUGACGGAACUCAAGAAAUUUGUGGUCUACCAUGUCCAGGUGCUGGCCUACACCAGGUUGGGCAAUGGUGCUUUGAGCACGCCACCCAUAAGAGUCCAGACCUUUGAGGAUACCCCUGGAGUGCCUUCCAAUGUGAGCUUCCCGGAUGUGACUCUCUCGAUGGCCAGGAUCAUUUGGGAUGUGCCCGUUGAUCCAAAUGGUGAGAUUCUGGCCUAUCAGGUCACCUAUACCCUCAAUGGCAGUGCCAUGCUCAACUAUAGUCGAGAGUUUCCACCCUCGGAUCGCACUUUCCGGGCCACCAGUCUGCUGCCAGAGAAGUACUACAGCUUCAGUGUGACGGCACAGACGCGGCUUGGCUGGGGCAAGACGGCCACGGCUUUGGUUUAUACCACCAACAACAGAGAGCGUCCACAGCCGCCCUCAGUGCCGCAGGUUUCGCGCAGCCAGAUUCAGGCACACCAGAUCACCUUCAACUGGACACCAGGAAGAGAUGGCUUCGCUCCGCUGCGCUACUACACCGUGGAGAUGCGUGAGAACGAAGGAAGAUGGCAACCCCUCCCAGAGAGAGUGGAUCCUCUGCUCAGUUCCUACACAGCUCUGGGUCUCAGGCCACACACCACCUACCAAUUUCGCAUCCAGGCCACCAAUGACCUGGGACCUUCGGCUUUCAGCAGGGAAAGUGUGGUGGUGAGGACUCUGCCAGCCGCUCCGGCAGUGGGAGUGGGUGGCCUGAAAGUAGUGCCCAUAACCACCACCUCGGUGCGUGUGCAAUGGAGUGCCCUGGAGACGGGCAUGUGGAAUGGAGAUGCAGCCACCGGUGGCUACAGGAUACUCUAUCAGCAGCUCUCCGAUUUUCCCACAGCCCUGCAAUCCACCCCCAAAACGGAUGUCCAUGGGAUCAAUGAGAACAGUGUGGUGCUCUCAGAUCUCCAGCAAGAUCGCAAUUAUGAGAUUGUGGUUCUGCCCUUCAAUUCCCAGGGUCCGGGACCAGCCACGCCCCCAGCAGCGGUUUAUGUGGGCGAGGCAGUGCCCACGGGUGAACCUCGUGCCGUGGAUGCUGCACCCAUUUCCAGCACAGAAGUGAGAUUGCUGUGGAAGCCACCGAAGCAGAGCAUGCAGAAUGGUGAUAUCCUGGGCUACAAGAUCUUCUAUCUGGUGACCUACUCGCCGCAGGCUCUGGAGCCUGGCCGGAAAUGGGAGGAGGAGAUUGAGGUGGUGUCGGCCACGGCUACAUCGCACAGUCUGGUGUUCCUGGACAAGUUCACCGAGUACAGGAUACAGUUGUUGGCCUUUAAUCCCGCCGGGGAUGGACCGAGGUCAGCUCCCAUCACGGUGAAGACGCUGCCGGGUGUGCCAAGUGCUCCUUUGAAUCUACGAUUUGCGGACAUAACAAUGCAGAGCCUGGAGGUGUCCUGGGAUGCGCCCAAGUUCCUGAAUGGCGAGAUUCUGGGUUACCUGGUGACCUACGAGACCACCGAGGAGAAUGAGAAAUUCAGCAAACAGGUGAAGCAAAAGGUAUCCAAUACCACACUUCGUGUCCAGAAUCUAGAGGAGGAGGUCACCUACACGUUCACUGUGCGCGCCCAGACCACCGUGGACUAUGGUCCUGGCAUAAGUGAGAAUGUGACCACGGGACCCCAGGACGGUUCUCCGGUGGCGCCGCGAGAUCUCAUCUUAACCAAGACGCUCUCCAGCGUCGAGAUGCACUGGAUCAAUGGACCCUCGGGUCGGGGGCCCAUUCUGGGCUACUUGAUAGAGGCCAAGAAGCGAGACGACUCCCGUUGGACGAAAAUCGAGCAGACAAAGAAGGGAAUGAUGCAGGACUUUACCGUCAGCUACCACAUCCUGAUGCCCUCCACGGCGUAUACCUUCCGUGUGAUUGCCUACAAUCGCUAUGGCAUCUCGUUCCCUGUGUACUCCAAGGACUCCAUUCUGACGCCCUCGAAGCUGCACCUGGAGUAUGGCUAUCUGCAGCACAAGCCCUUCUAUCGACAGACCUGGUUCAUGGUCUCCCUGGCUGCCACCUCGAUUGUGAUCAUUGUGAUGGUCAUUGCCGUUCUGUGUGUCAAAAGCAAGAGCUACAAGUACAAACAGGAGGCCCAAAAAACCCUAGAGGAAUCCAUGGCCAUGUCGAUUGAUGAACGCCAGGAACUGGCCUUGGAACUGUAUCGUUCGCGUCAUGGCGUCGGCACUGGCACUCUGAACAGCGUUGGAACUCUGCGCAGCGGCACCUUGGGAACACUGGGCAGAAAGUCUACCAAUCGACCGCCGCCGGGCGUUCAGCUGGGCAAGAGUCCGCCGCGUCCAUCGCCAGCCUCGGUGGCGUAUCACAGUGACGAGGAGAGCCUCAAGUGCUACGAUGAGAAUCCGGACGAUAGCAGCGUCACCGAGAAGCCAUCAGAGGUCAGCAGCUCGGAGGCAUCGCAGCACUCAGAGAGCGAAAACGAGAGCGUGCGCAGCGAUCCGCAUUCGUUCGUUAAUCACUACGCCAACGUGAACGACUCGCUGCGACAGUCGUGGAAGAAGACCAAGCCGGUGAGAAACUACUCCAGCUACACCGACUCGGAGCCGGAGGGCAGUGCAGUGAUGAGCCUCAAUGGUGGCCAGAUUAUCGUCAAUAAUAUGGCCAGAUCGAGGGCACCGCUGCCCGGCUUCUCCUCGUUCGUCUGACAAUCAACCGAGUUCUAAGAUCUAAGCACCAGUAGCAGCGGCACCGUCAUCCGGGAGACCUUUGUCUAGGCAAAAGGACGAGAUAUAACAUAUAUGUAUGUGGAAAAAGGAGGACAAACCGGUGAGGAAGAAGGAGCUGGAGGUGGCUGCGGAGAAGGAGGAGGAGGAUGAGUAAGGAAUUCAAAAGCAGAAGGGACGACAUAUCAGCAAGGCCACAGCCCCUCCAGCUCUCCGACGAUGCGCUGCUACACGGUUACGUAUACACAUUACUAUCUAUAUAUAUAGUAUAUAUACUUGGGUUUAGUUUUAGUUACUAGUUACGAGAGAUCUGAGAUUGCGAGCAUUUAGUUUAUAGUUUUUUUAGCCUGUUUUUUUUUUACUGUGUGUGUUUUUUUCAGACUCUGCUCUCCUAAUUUUUUAGUAUUUAUUUAGGGCCUGCCACGCCUCCAAAACAGUGGCAUUUAAUGGUAGAGGGCGGCAAUUGUGAGCGAGAGAGAUAUAGAGAGAGAAAGAGGAAGUCCUGUGAUAAAGCAAUGGCCGCCCAGCAGAGAAAGAGAGAGAUAAAGUUCUUACAACUGAUUUCCAAAAGUGUUCAUGGAGUGGCAGGCAGGCAGCAGGACUUUUGAGUGAAUGUGUAAAUGAUCUUGAGAGUUUAGUCUGGCGCAAUCUCAUUAUAUUUAAACAACAACAAAAGGACGACUCGCAUAAGUUUAUUAUUAAUAUAUUUUUUUUGAGAAGAAACCUAGUAAAUCUAGAGACAGAGAAGGAUAACGAUAACAAUUAACGAGACAGCAGCCGAUGCAAUCGGUGGGCUCAACGAGGAAAACCCAAGGGAAAUAUAGAGUUCCAGGGAAAACGAAACAAAAGAAAGUAUGCAAAAACGAGUAAAGAAAACACAAAAAAUCAUAUCUUGUAAGCAAAAAAGAGAGAUAAAUAUAAUAUUUUUUUUUAUUAGUUUGGAAAAGACUAACUAAGAAUGAGGAAAAUGAGUUAGGGAGCUGACAAAGAGAGAGAGCUGAUAAAUGAGAGAAGGAUACACAUAUUCAGAUAGAUUGAUAGGCCAUAUUAAUGCAAUUUUCUUUACCACGUAAGCCACGAAAAACAAAAGUAAGCAACUGUAACACACACAAAGCAAAAUGGAAAAGCGAAAAGAGAGUUGGUUUUUGGAAGCGCAUGCGCAGCGAACUCUAGGCACUAGGUACUAUCAGUACGAUCAGUACGAUCUUGGUAGCAAGUAAGACCCAUUUUUUUUUAUUGCGCGUUUUUUUGGGGUACUCGUGGGCGCGUAACUCUUUAAUCGUUCAAUCCGCGUCGUAAUUGUAACUGUAAUGGUAAUUGUAAUGGUAACUGUAAUUGUAAUUGUACUUGUACUUGCAUAUAUUUAUGACUAUAUUUAUAUAUCGAUGUAUUGUACAUGUAUAUCUAAAACUUAAACGACUGAUUAUAUAUUUUCCCCCUCAAUUAGUUGUAUACUACCAUAUAUAUAUACUACUUAAAGCCCUUGUUUGUACGACUUAUGCAUUAACUAUGUUUAGAAACAAAAAAAAACUUUGGCGCCCUCACAAAACAAGAAAAAACCCCGAAAAAUCAGCGCGCAAAAAUCGAAGGAGCUUUCCGCUUUUCCCUAAAAAAAUUCCCAGAAAAUCCAAACAAAGAAGAAAGCAUGCUAAUUUCUACUUCAAAGACUCGAAGCACAAGUUCAUCCUAGUUAAGUAAAUGUAAUUGUAAUUGUUGAUUGAUGAUCGGAUCGCAUCGGAUCGGCAGAGGCGGAGCUGGAGGAGCGAGAGCAGCUGGGAUGGCGGAGCUCAAGCCGAUGGCAGCGGAGAACGGAGGUCGGAACUUGGCUCGGGGCUAGUUGAAAUCGUGCAGAAGGCGCAAAGUAUUAGAAUAUUUAUAAAUACAAUUUAAAUGUGUAAAUGUAAUUGAUGGAACAUACGAAUAUGAAUCAAUAAAAGAACGUGAAAU